AUGGCUGGUAUUUUCGGUAGUGCCACCUCUGCUGCUGCCACUUCGGCCACUGCCACCCAAGGCAGCAUCGCCAACGACGUCCAACUGAACCAAGGCCCCGAGGACGGCAUCCAAGACUUGGCCUUCUCACCCGUCUCUGGCCAUCUCUCAGUCGCAUCAUGGGACAACAAGGUCUACAUCUACGAGGUUCAGAGCAAUGGCACCAAUGAGGGAAAAGCUUCCUUCGACCUCAAAGCCCCCGCUCUAAGCACUUGCUGGUCNAAAGGUACGCUACAUCUGAUCUCCAUGCUCUGCGCGCGCAAGCAGUAA